AUCGUUGGCGGAUCUAUUGAAGUUAAUAAUCGGAUUUAGAUUAUUACAACCUCUACUAUCUUAAAUUAAACUUCAAACUGUUGACAAAAAAACGAUUUCCAGUUAAAAACCCUUUUAGAAUAUGCAAAGUCCGGUUGCUUUACCAAGGUUAAACGGGUUUUGAAAUGUGUUUUAUUUUUAACUGAUAAGGGAAGGGGUUUACGCUUUGAGACACACCUUCACCUUGGUUAAAGAUUUUUCGUUUAGGGGUGAAGAGGCGACGAGUAAACUGCUGCGACCUGGACCACCAAAGACGCCUUGUUUUACAACCCACGAUAGGAUAAUGGCUUUUUUUUUUACCGAGUUUUUGAAUUCCACCACCUCAUUCAGGAUUACUGAACGAUUAAUGAACGACAACCCCUGACCGGAAUCACGAUUAUGGUUCUUUUUACUUUUAUAACUACAGCAACUCAAAUUACUAGAAAGUAUCUUGUUAGCCGAAUACUGGGCAACAAGAACUGCAAACUUCCUGACAUUUUCCCUCAAAAGCCACUGAACAACAGCAAGCAAAGUAAAGUAGCGAGCCAAGAAUGUUUGUCAGAUUGCAACAACGUCAUGAAGUGACAUGUCAAAGGAAGCUGCGGAAAGGAAAAUCAACACGUUUUGUGAAAAGGAAGGCACUAGUUAAAUUGCUAGUUCAAAGAGAAUCUGUAAACUAUUUAAAAGAAAACCCUGCAAAUUUGGAAUCCUAGGUUACAAUUUACAAUGUGGCUUACAAUUUUAAACUCCAGUGGAGGAUACGAUUGGCUGGAAAAGAAACUUUGUUUUGGUAGUGUUUAACAUGGUUUUUUAAGUGUCAAUUCACCAGAUAUAUCAUCGUGUAACAAAUGCUUUGUAACGAAAUAACAGGCGCGUGCUGCACAGAGAUUGUGUGAUUAGCUGAUGAGUGCUUACGCACUAAAUAGGAUGUAAUGAGACACUUUCGAUCUAUUUUUAAUACAGUUGGCAAUUGUUAGAUCUUCACAAAUGAUCACUAUGCUCUGAGUUGUUAUAGAAGAGCCUACAUUUGCCUGCGACUUGUAGGAACGGCAGCUUGGUUGGUAUUGUCUGCUAAGCCGGACUCCAACAAGGUAGGUGAUCAUGAGGAAGACUCAGUUCUUUAGAAAUUGCGUCCUGAUCUUUGUGAAUAUCCUCGAUGCUAGCCGUAGAUGGUAUAUAAAUAGGAGAGCCAGACAACAGCGGGCCUCUUGUUCAGUGAAAUAUCUGCUUCACACUAAUCAUGGUUCGAUUCAGCAUCCAUGUUAAUAUGACUGAAGAACUCACUCAGUUUUACGUUCCACGCAGAGUGAUAUUUUCUUAUCCACUCAGUUCUAUCCUGGUUACACAAUACAGUAGCUGUUCGUGACCAAUCUAACCUUCCACAACGACUGAUUAGCGAUCCUUGAACGAUUUCAACUUAUGGUAGUUUUGUAUACAUACUGUUUUAGUGGUUUAAAAAUGCAGACUAAGGUACUAGCAAUGUCUAUAUGAGGCCGGCGAGCUGCACUCAAAUGUUAUUAACAAUUGUCUAAAACAUACAUUUGGUGACCCCGGAUGUCUCUAAGUAUUCUUAUAAUACAUGCACGCAGGCAUGGCGGGAUGGCAUGCUGACUUCCUAAACCAUUUAGGAAAUCGGAAGGUAGAAAUUACCCUUGAAGUCUAUCACAAAACGCACACUAGAUUUAUGAACAGAAAAAUAAUUUUAAUCCGGAAGCAACAAAACACGUUUAAACACACUCUUUAACGCCCCGUUAUCACAGUUAUUACUACACACCUUAUUAACCGGUAUUUGUAUGACAUGACUCCACGAAUUAAAGAAAACUAUUUAAUAUAUUGCAAAACAAUGGCAAUAGCAAUAAAACGACAUACGCCAGAUUAUAACCAACACUUUAGAAUAGUUGCUGAGAAUCGAAACAAAAUGUUUAUGUAAUCUCAGCGUGGUGACUUUUGGGGGCGUGUCUUAAAUUAGGUAUCAACACCUAGCAAACACAUUUUUUAGAUUUUAAACGAAACCCAUACUGGUAAUGUUGCUGGCUGAACCCUUAAACUGAUUAACGAAUAAUACGCUUUAAUUAAAGAUCAACAAAUUUCGGCAGGACCUCCUGCAAGGUUCCUUGUCUGUUAGCAUGUCCGAGUCGAUCGUCGCGCAGUUAACAAAAUAGGGAAGAAUGGGAGUGAAAAGAUCAGUACGAUCAAAACGUACUUGUCAAUCUGGAGACAUGUACCGGAUUGUAAAGUUCAUUUAAAAGCAUUUCAAAGGAAAAACCCUCUUUUAUAACUGGAUUAUUUUAUGUGUAAGCUCAGCUGAUUUUUAAAUGGUAAGAAUUCCAGUCAAGCUUGGUUGCUUGAUUGAUAAUCAAGUUGUUGUUCAUCAGUUUGUAACACGUGCAGGAGAGGCUUGACAAUUACUCAUGAUUACUCAACAGCUUCAUUCGUUUGUUUAUGAACUUUGUCUGUGUCAUAAUUGUGUUUAAAAUACCACAAGGGAUCAUAAGAUAAGCCUGCUACCCCCUACGUAGAAAAAGGUCAACCAGCUACCGUACCCAACUGUAAAAUGUCAAAACUAGUUUUGAAUAAAAGUAUUUUCUCUUUGAAUUUCAAUAGCUUUUUUCACUUUACUGUUGAUGCAACUUUUCAUGUCUCCCGUUUUGUACUUACCAGUUGCUUAUAGUAGAUUUUAAACGGAUCAAGAGUAAACAAACCACACCUCACAUAUCGGCGUCUCAAUCUGUCGUAUUGAUCGGUCGAUUAUUUGCUGAGUUGAUUAACUCGCCGUCCAUCUUUAUAUCUCCCAGAGCCUCGAAGUUUUUUAGAUAAAUACUGCUAAUCAGCUCCAUGAGAUCAAUCGCUGUUUUCAUGGCACAAACCCAAGUAACUGGUUGCCCACUAACGGAAAUUCCCCAGAGUACUUUAGUCUGAUCACUGUAUUUUUAAUCUUUCCUUCUCCCUAACUGAACCAGAAGUCACACAGCUUCAAAACGUCGUGAGAAAAACGUCCAAGACGCGCUCAAAAAGGUGAGGAUAUGUUAUAUUAUCACAUUUCGCACAAUCCCGUUCCUUAACUACAAAUCCAUCGAGUAAUCAGUUCGCGAGAGAAACGUCCAAGACGCGCUCAAAAAGGUGAGGAUAUGUUAUAUUAUUACAUUCCGCACAAUCCCGUUCCUUAACUACAAAUCCAUCGAGUAAUCAGUUGUAAACUGUGCCUACAAACAAUUUUCGACUGCCAUUACAUUAGGUACCAGUUGCACAUGUGUUAUGCCGAAAGUUGCUUGCAAGGGAGGAUUGAUUUUACUAGACCAAAACAAACAAAACAUCUACAAUAAUUUUUAUCACGAUCACUUGAUGCAAAAGAGCGAAAGUGUUCGACUUAGUCAAUCCAUUCCAAGUGUUACAAAUCAUAAAUGAGAAAAAAAAACCGAAUGCAGCAAAAUAUUAAUAAGUCAAAUGCAUUCAAAGAUCCACUAGGUGUUUUCAAGACAGUAUCCUUUGAUUCCCUUAUCUUGCAAAUUUUAAUUCAAGUAGUACCUCUACAGUGUCCACAAGCGACCUUUUUAUUUGGGGAGUUUGCCUGAUUUGUACUCCACACUGAAAAAGAAUGAGCCUGGAAAUCGCCUUUCCAAUGUUUGUUUGGCAUCGAGUGCUGGAAAGACAUUGCUGUUUUGAUCAGUCAGGGAAAGUCGGUAGAGGGGUCUCGUAUUUAAGUACAAGUCGAUACUCUUGUUUUUUUGUCGUGCUCGUUGCACGGCAUGUAAGGAGCUCUUGACACUACUCCGUCACGUACAUGCCCUCUAACUCCCUGGAAGCUGAGCUGCGUAAGCCACUUUGGCGCCGACUUUCAAACUGAUCAAGGCUCAGGAGUCUGUGGCUGAUUUUCUCUCCUACCUCCUUCAAAGACUACAGUACUUCAGUCUAAAGUCUGGUUGCGACUUCUUUCAUCUCUGCAUAGUAUGAUCUCUGCAAAGUUUAAAUAAAAAGUGGUAUUUGAAGAUCUCUGAAGUAGAUCCUCAUCGAUAGUGAAACUUGAAUGCGUGUGGCGAAUGAGAAUAGUUAAGUCACUUUUCUUCAAAAAAAAUUAAACAAUAAGAAAAUAAUUGAAUCAUUCUUAAUUUUGUAGUCCUGCUGAAGAAGUAGGCGUAAAAAGCUUGCAUAUAUACCGAAGAAAUGCCCUUGGCUUUGAAUUGCUUUCUGAGUCACAUUAAGACAGAUUGAAAUUUAGAACGAUAAUUGUAACUUCGACUCUACAGGGAAAUAAUUUUUCACUUCACUGUGAGACACUGCCACCCAAGCGGAAAUAUCAAAUAUUUUAAAAGGCAUUUAUUUUCCUCUACGGCAUUCGAUUCGUCUUUGUACAGGUAAUGAUUUCGGUUGCAAUGUGGAAUAAAUAAGCACAAGUAAAUUUUUCAACGACUUAAAAAAAUUUCAGAAGCCAGUAGGACGAGUGAAAUUUGUGAGUCUUUGAUAAAGUUACAAAUGCUUAGUUAUUCAAAAUUGCACCAGAAAACUCAAUUGAUUACUUGUUAAUAGUAUACAUGCAAUUAAAUUUCAACUUUCUGCUCUCAAAUUCAACUUUUUGUACUCAAUUUCAAUUUUCUGCGCUGUUUGGAAUUAAUUUACAUGCCCUCAGCCAAUCAGCAUGCUGCAAGUAUUGCAUGGAUGUUAUUACUGAUGAAAUGAGUCAUAAAGUUGCUAAAAUAACUGUGUAUCCACGAGCAUUUCGCCUGAGCUAAACUAAGCUAUAGGACCCGGAUAAUAAGCCAACGAUAGAAAUUAGCCAAUGAGAUGACCAGAGAACAGGCAGAAAAAGAAAAACUUGAAUAAACUAAAAAGGAAAAAAAAAACAGUAUGCUGUUAUCCGGUGAUCCUGAAAAACAGAUUUUUUUGAGUUAUAAAAAUACCGUUUCUUAAACUCAUCAGCCUAGAUAUCCGAUUUUCAGUAUUCGGAUUGGAUUAUUAAAAUUUGGUUGUCUGAACGUAUUUUUAAUCACUUUUAAAAUAUCGCUUUCGUUUUGACGUUAUAUUUGUUUAACUGACUAGACAGCAUGAUUACUGCAGUUUCCUGCCAUAUGAGUAGUAAAAAAAUUUUUGGUGGAAACAAAAGUGUAACAUGACUUCUUGGUGAUACAGAAUUCCAUAUACGCAAUAUUUAAUUAGAAGGCAAUAGCAUCUGGAGGAUCAUGGUUUGAGCUAAGACUGACACACACGUUUGAAGCAAACUUUGAGUAAGGCACUUAAGUAGGUAAAAAGGUAAGACAUCGUGGUAUCAGUCUAUAUGGUCGAUCCUUGAGUAGCGUGGGAAAAGGGUGAUGUCCGUUUAAGUUGUUGUUGUCUUGUUUGGUUUCAUGGGAAGAGAAUAUAUAGGCCACUCAUAUGUAAAUAAGGUGGCCGCCUUUGCGAAACAAGCUUUGGUGUUCAACACAGCAAAUAGUGACGUAACCAGCGCCAAUUAGUCAGUCCUUAUGAUAGAGUACUUUACAGUCUGUAGAAGGGGUUAAUUCUGGCCAAAGAGGCCUUGCUUUCGGAGUGUCAUUUCAGUGUGGUAUGCAAAUUUGCUGCCGGUAAUUGAACCGAAGAGUUUGUCAAUGAGAUUUUUGUUAUUGCAAAAAUAACAGCGGACCCUUGCCUUAGCAUCAAGCCAAGUGGCAACGAAAGUCCGUGAUUCUUCGGGAGUGAGUGUCUUCUGGAAAGUGUUUAGGUUUGGUCAUAGGACACAACACACCUUGGCGAAUGACGGAGGCAACCACUUCAAGCGGCUGACAUUUUCCGAGUGUUUCCAUGACAAGCGAAAAUUCUACCCCAAUGGGCAUACGUUAAUAGGACAACUUUUUUCACUGACCUGAAUAAAAUUUGGUCAAAGUUCUUAACAACUACAAUUCCCUUAUUCUGCAUACUUUCUUAGGUAUUGCUGAGUGAAAUAAUCUCAGAAGAAAUGGACAAAACCUGUGACUAGUUUCAGUUAUAGUUAUUAAUUUGUUCAUUCGGGUGUUUUGUUUAGUUGUUUUCGGCCAACAUCAAAGCCAUUUUCGUGACUUAAACCUGAAGGAACUGGGCUGGAAAUAGAAAUACUGUAUAAUGAAAGAGAUUUAUAGAGACGGUGAUUGAGACGGAUGUUUCUUAUAGCUCAUCGCUGCAAAAAAACAACAAAAACAAAACAAGACAAAAAACAGGGAAAAACAAAAAAGAAGGGUUUUAAAAUUCUUUGAAAGCAAUUCAUAUAACACAUUCGAUCAAUAAAGGUUAAUUUCUCUAGAGUGGCAGUUGAACAAAAUCUCCCAUAUAUAGUCGAACUCAAGGUUCAUGAGCCAGUUGUACCCACUAGCUAUAAAAAAAAUACUAAAUCGAAUUUAAUCCGCGGAUUGAAGUACUUAUAUUCUAUUACGUUCGAAUGCUGAACGCAGUGAAGCUCAAUCCACGGAUUGAGUUGCAUUUUGUGGCAUCAGUUUACCGGGCCGAAAAACCAAUUUUCUGCUGCGAGACUAGUCAGUUCUUGUGACGGCUCCGCUGUUGCUUUUCUUACCAAUUCAAAGACUCUCCAAGUUGAAAAUAGAAAUAUGCUGAUAGAAUAUUUGGCGGACUUUUCAUUACCAAUAUGUAAAAUGCAUCCAAAAUGGUGCAAGAACGUUAAAAAAACAGACAGCUAGCGUCAACAUUAACUUAAAUUUACUUUAAACGUCUUUGUAAGUGUUGUUUCAUUUCCAGCUAUCAAAAGAGACGGAAGAAAAGUCAAUGUAUGUUUUUUGCUUAAGUCACAUUUUCUUGCGUUUUGAACGCUUGCACAUGGCUUGAAAGGCUGUCCCUAAGUUUAGACAGGAUUACCUUGUUUUGUCAUUCGUCUGGAACAUUCUUACAUGCACGUUCUUCCGGUUAUGGAUUCCUCCUAUUCUGCCGGGGAUUUGAUCAUGAGCUCGGCAAACAACGCCGCCUAAGCUAAAAAUAAUACAAAAUUAACUGAAAAGGAUAUUAACUUUUUCUUAUCGCUUUACUGACUAGAGCUCUUAGUAGGAUUUGUUUAUUGACCUGGUCUAGCUUUGAAACUGUUGGCUAAACCUGACGACGGAUGUCCGUAUAAAAUAAUAAAAACUAGACCGGCUUGCUUGGAAAUUCAGUCGGAAAAGAAAGCGUUCACUGGGGCUAAUAAGAGAUUUAUAUUACCAGUGUAUUGUUCUUUUUGGAAUAUUCUGGUGUUAAUCUAUGGUACAAUGACCAAGCACAAAAGACCAUACUCUUGACUAAUUGCACCCAGCUUUUGUUUCGUAAUCACUUAAGACAAGAGAACUAGUGACACCAGGCAAUGCUUAGUUCCAACCAACAAACGAAGACUCAAAUAGUCUUCAUUAUAACUGAAGACUAGUCGAGUCUUUUUUUUAUUUGCACUGCCACAAGACUUAUGUUUCAGAAUUUAUUUGGCACCGUGAUUUAUGUUUUACAUAGUAUUUACAGAAGCAAGUGCCACAUAAACACACCGAUAUGGCACGCGUUAGUCAAGUUUCUUUUCAGUUAUGUCACUAGACAAAGAAAGAAACUGGUAUAUUACAGUUCUAGGUAUCAUGGUGUUCAACAUUCUUUGCCAUUUCUUCACUCCACUCUGUCUAAGAUUGUAAAAUUAUCCUGUUUUAUUGAUACACAAAAUCAAGUGUAAGCUGUUCAUUUGGUAAGAAUAAUCUUCCGCCUAUGAGGUCUACGUUACCCAGUCCUUUGAACAAAGUCAUCAAGCCUUGGGUAGUGUAUUUCAGCGGUCAAUUUAUUGUGUCGAAACCUUGACUCUUUCAGUGUUCCUGGCUGUUAAUUUCAGCUUACUUUGUCCACUGGUAGUUCGUAGUUCUUUGACGCUCGAUGUUUAGCUUAAUCUGAAGGGAAUACAUAUUUACAUCAGUCAAAUGUUUAACUGAGUUCAUCAGUAGUGGAACUCAUAUCACACUAGUUGACUCGAUAAAUGUGCAUCAGACGCCCACGAGAAUCUAAACUGAACAUGGACCUACGAGAUUUGGACUGAAAUGCUUGCUUUCAAAACAGGGAACCAAAGACGAACUUCUUUGUUUUUUUUUUAACUUUUGAAACUAAAUGUAUUGCUAAGCUGGCUGAUUAUCCUGAUCCAGAAAGCACAUCAGUUAAGACCGUGGAGAAGACUGAGAAAACAAAGGACUAAUAGUUGCAAUCAUAUCCUUUGUAAAUAAAUUCUUUUGCGUUGGUGGACAAGUAAUGAAAAUGCGUAGGAUCUUCAUUUCAUCUGCAAGUUUUUAAUAAAGCGCUCGUUCUUCAGAGCAGCAUGGCGUCGUCCGUUAAGUCGAACGACGCUGAAGCUACUGAAAGAGAAAAUUAGCUUGCUAACGGGAGAGAGCGUCUUCAAAGUGGAUCGAGGGAUUCAGUAGCUACUGCGAAGUUUAGUUCUUGUGUCAGAUUGUCACUCAGGUCUGAUCAUUACCUCAGCACGCGUAGUCGUUUGCGUGACGCAAAAAUUUGAAUGCAACAAAGUUCGUCCACUCAAUCGUAUCAAUACACUCGAGGUAGAAUGGCCAAUAGGCAAAGGCUCGAGAGCAGAAGAGCAAACAGAGAUUUAUUACAAGCUUACAUACUGAGCAAACAAUAUAUAGGAGGAAAGCAGAACACGAAAUUGAAAUCUUCUUUAAUUAUAUACACUGGCGAGCCAGGUGUUUCUUUUAUCAGUCUGAAAGUCAUGCAUUACUUCCAAUUGUGUUCUGAAUGAAAUACCUCACAUGGUUUCUACAUUGUUCGCAUUCCGUUUCUAACGUUGUGCACUUGCUUUAGCUUUAUUUCCUAUACCCUGGUGUAUCUUUCAAUUACCUACUUGGUAGGAUCGGUUAAUAGGGCACUUAUGGCGUACUUAGAGGUCAUCUCGCCUUUUUUACACAGUUAAGAUUCGGGUAAGGAUUAUAAAGGCGUGCUAACUCCCUUAACCGCGAUAAGAAAGGCGGUCACUACUUCCUGUCAUCCACACCAAAUCAGACAGAGUAAAAAAUCACACAAUAACUUGCUCUAAAGCGGCGGGGUGAACACAUAUGAUAUAUUUUUUACAGCUGUAUUUGCCGAGUUUUAUGUAAAGAAACCGGUUAUCAGGAUAGGCAAACAACACCGCCUUCAAACAAAGGGCCGCACGCAAGCGGAAAACAAUGUGCUUGUCGUACACAAAACCGCAAAAUAACCUAAUUCUACGGACCAACGCAGUUCAAGAGUUGCGUCUCAUUGAUACCACGAAAUGGAAAUCUCAAGAAGUCUCGUGCUAGUUCUCGCUUUGCAUUUCUCGGUUUUCAACAGCCAUGGUAAUGUUUCCUCACUGAAGAAAAAGAAGUCACUUAACAAGCCUCAUGGACGGCACGUGGCGAACAAGAGAGGGUGGUCUACUUUAUUUGACCCACACGGCGGGAACAGUUCGCGUCCAAACAUUUCGCCCGUCGUGGUCACGGGUGAAAACGUUUUCUAUCAGGACACAAAAAUACCAUCUCAAUAUUCCUAUGAAAGUAUCCAGGACGAAAGGAAACGAAGACGAAGAAAAAAGAAGAACAUGAAAAAGUUGCUUAAAAAGAAACUGAGAGAUGGCUUCAAGUCACACAGUCCUGUGGGGGACCAGCAUGUACAAUCGUACCCAAAGAGAAAAUGUAGAAACUGGAACCAAUGCAAAAAAGAUGAAUGUUGUAUACGGUUCAGUAGUACGAGUGGAUAUUGCAAGCGACGACCACAAAAGGGACAUAGAUGCAGGCCUAUUCUCUUGCCUGGUCUUAGAGAUUGUCCUUGUGACAAAGGGCUCACGUGUACCCGCUACAAGACAACAAGAUGGGGCAUUAAGAAACACAAAUGCGAACGUUUAAAAUUUGACGAGGAUGAACAAGAACAAAGAUUUGUAUGAAUUCUGCUCACGGAAUGGGAAUAGGAACUUCCAUGGCUCCAGAAGAUUGGAACUCAAGGGUCACGUGGAGUUUGAUGACAAAUCAUCGCAAUAAAACGACGUGCGAGACAAACAUUUGGAGUCGAGACAAACAUUACGCGUCGAAGUUUCACCCCAUCAAGGUUUGUUUCAUCUAUGUGCCUGGACACACGGAACAAAACAGAACAUGAACUAUUGUGUAGAAUCGUGUAGGAAAAUUAUUCACUGUUUCUAGUAUUAGGUAAGUAGUAUAAACAGGCCAUCAAAGAGUCUCGCGGGCGCACAUAAGGUUUUUUCAGACCGUAAGUGACCAGCUGAGACAGGCCAAGUCCUAGUCCUUUUUCAUCAAAUAGUUUAAAAUAGCUCUUUAAAUUGUUAUUGGACAUGAUUGCAUGUAAAUCGUUCCGUUUGAAUUGUUUUCACCUUUAGUUAAUAACAGCUACGACAGUGCAUGCAAGCUAGCUCUCUUUAAUUAUGUCUCAAACGUUGCUAAUGAUCCAGAAAAACGUUUAUGGACAAAAAUACCGAAGUUGAACUCACCAGUUAUGUACCAGACAGUCAUGUCAGGGAUCAACUUUGAGUUGAUUUAGGUUAAUUAGCUGCCACAGCGAGUGGAGCUGCCGUUUCGAAUGUUAGCCCUUUGUUAGAGCAAAUUUGAUCAUUUCCUAAUUUCAGGAUUACAACAGAGAAAAGUCAGGCAACUUACAGAAUGUAAAAGUAAGGAAAUUGUUUUUAUGGCUGCACUGAGUUUUGUAAGCUUUUGUUUUGUAGGCGGCUAUCUUUUAGGGUCAGAAAGAAACAAUUCUUUUUCUGAUCAUUUGUUUUUUUGUUGUUGUUUUGAUGUGUAGCAACCAAAUGCGAUCUAGAAGGGCUGAUGAUCGAAACGUCGAUCAAAUUUGACUUUGGUUAAAAUGGCGAUAGUUGAGAAUUGAUAUACAAAAGUGUAAUCGUACUCAUCCCAUUUGUCAAAAAUUUCUGUUUACUUUGUUGUUGUUAUAUGAAUAUUACGACCAGGAAAACACAUGCAAAUGUGCCAACUGUCUGUCUCCAGUUAUUAUGGAUCCAGAUUAAUCUAACGCAGCUGGUUCUUGUAUUUAGAAAACGUUAGUUGAAGAAUAUUAUGACGACUUACCUCUCAAGAGGGGUGUAAUUUACAAAAGACAUUCAUUAUUUCUUAUUUAUACGUCGUUUUCAUCAACUACAUGUAUAUAGGUUCAGUUAAACCAAAUUAACAAAAAAAUUCAUUGUGCAUGUCACUUGCAACUCAGUAAAUCGUAAGCAACCUCUAUAUAUGAAUAAUCUUAAACAUAUUUUAAGCCUGUAUUAGCUGUACGGUGUGAACGGCAUCUACAGUCAUAUCUUCACUAAUAGCGUUUGUACUUAUUCCAGAGAGUGAGGUUCACUGAUUGCUGAAAUAAGUGAUCAUAUUACCUACUAUCUUGAGUCAUAAUUCUGUUUGUUUGUUUCUGUUAACAUAAUAAAGGCCGGUUUUGGGAGUUGUAAAUAGAGAAGUUAUCACCUAUUACUAGUUGAUUAAGCGCAUUUUGGCGCCCACAGAUUUCUUAAUUAAGAUUUUGAAUUUCACAAUUAGAAAGGCAAUGGCAGCAAAAAAGACCUGGUGUCUUUACAAACCGAAGAAUGCGCGCACCUGAAAAUUAAUUUAACAGAGCAUCGGCUCCUGACUCUAACUAACAAUAAGAAAACAAAGUUAAGUAAUGAGUUAUUUCGCAAUGAGCCAUUCUUACUAAUGCAAUAGAUGCUAUGGAGAUAGAAUGAAACACAUAGCUACGAUAAAGUUUCAGCAGAAAUAAAUCAUAUUCUAGGCAAUUCAUCACUGUGUGAUGAGCACCGUAACUCAUACAAACCAAUUUAUUUAUGUAGGAUAAUGGUGCUAGAUUAUGAAAUAAAACACUGCAAAAUGUGA